AUGAUGAGCCGGACAUACUUGAAGACGCGCGAGCAGGAAGACGUAGACUACGUGCAGAACGGAGUGAACGUAGGCCACGAGAUGAGGUUUAAAACGGAAACCAUGGAGGUGGAGAGGCGCGGAGAUGGAGUGGACGAACCUGACGUGUUCGAUUCUCUCUCGGCUAGAGCUAGAAGGAGAGCGGUCAAUAGGCAACCUCAUAGAUAUAGAGUGGUCGGAACGCCGCCACGACAACCGUUACUCCUCUGA